CCCCUUAAAAAAAUAAUAGUAAUCGUUUUGUCACAGUUUUACUUUUGUGUAAUAACAAACAAACAAAGUUGAAAAUAAAACAGCUGUUUCUUGUGUUUGAGAAGUGUACUCCGAGAGAGGAAAUUAAGGAAAGGAGGGAGGGAGGAAAUCUUCCUUAUUGAAAUAUAAAUAAUCUCAUACUGAGUGACAAUUAUCAAAUAUGUUACGUACUAAAAUACAUAUAGCGCUAAGUUCUAUUGGACUUGUUUUGGGUGUAUCCGCAUUUAUAUGUUUUUGCAUUGUAUACGCUAACAUAGAAGCUGGAAUGUGGGCACUGCUGUCAGGAAUAAAUGCCGGCCUAGCUUUAAUGCUUCAUUGCCACUAUCUGAAGGAAUCUCUCCAUGUAAACUUUUCGAGAAAAAGUCUUCAAUACAUUGGAGAUAUUGGCAUUAUUGGCUUUGUGGCUGGUGGUGCUCUGAUGAUCUUCUACAUAUUCUUGGAAACAUAUUAUCAAGCUGAUGUUACACCAAUAGAAACGAGCAUUAUAAUUAGAUUAGUAUGGUCAUUUAUGAUGACCAAAUGGGGGAUCAUGUUGUAUUGGACCACGAAGAAAUAUCUUAAGACAUAUAACGAUCAUCAACUGUUUUCUGAAAAUCCUAACAUUGAAGAAACGUAAUUCCAAGCUAUACAAUACUAUCUUAAUAAAUUGUUCUCGAAAAUGAAAUUACGUAUGAGAACUAUAUUUAUGUUUUAGAAAUAAUAUGAAGGAUUAAUUAAUGAAUAAUAACAUUAUUCUUUUCCUACUCUCUCAUAAAUUUUGAGUUCAGUUUCAGGAAUUAAUGAUUGUACAAUGAUAUUCCUAUGUUGAUGGCAUGAUUUAUGAAUUUUUAUUUCACACUAUUAUUUACCAAAAAUAGUUAUGCUGAUUAAAUAGUGAAAUGUGAUUUAAUAUUACACACUUUUUCGCAUCAGAGUCUUAAGAUUUACUUCUCGAAUCGAAAACUGUAAUAUAAAUAAAUAUAUUUGAUUAAUAUGUAUGUCCUAUGCAAAUAUAUUUAAAAAAUAUAUAUUAUUAGUAAGCUAUGGGUUUGUGAUGUUGCAUUUGAUUAAUUUAGGAAUGGGCAUGUCUCUUCAGGGUGUGGAACAUCUUGCAAUGAAACAAAUCUAUUUAAUACUAGAUAAGUAGUUUUUGUACCUUUUGCUUUUGUUGAACCCGAGAAAGCCUAUUAUGGAUACAUUCAUACUACUUAUGAGUGGGGUCGGAUAGGAGUCAGAAUUUGUCCUACGGCAUAUGAGGUGACAGAGAGACUGCAUGUUAUGGAGAGCCCUGAUUUUGGUGUAAUUACAAAAAAAAGAAAUUCUCAAUGCUAUCUUUCAUUAUUAGAUGUUCCAGAAGUGUAUAUUUUGGAUUGAUUUAUCGAAUUUGAAUGAAUUUAUAGAUUUUAAGAAAUAGAUACUUACCCACUAACAAUUAAAAUUGAGUGAAUGUGGGUGUUGUGAAAAAAUUAGUUAUGCAUAUAAACGUCAGUAAAAUAAAUAGUUUUGAACUAUG